UUUCGAAUUUGUAAAAUGGGGGAACUUGAUAAUUUUCAGUUGACAACGCUGCUGAUGUCACUGCUGUCACAUUUAUAUUUUUAUGCAAUAGAAAGCAAUUGAUAUCCAAAUUUAGUGAAAGUCGGUAAAAUUAGUUCAGAAUGUUUUCAGCCCAGAUUUUCAGAAAAUGUCUUAUCCCAGCUGUCGCAGUUAUUACUGAAUCAAAAAUUAAACCAGAAAAACAGAAAGAAGAAUGUCUGUGUAGGCCUAGUGAACUUCCCAUAUAUACCCCAGAAAAAGAACACAGGAGCCCAGAAAGUGUGGAACAACCUGAUGCAACUAUCGGUAUGAUAGAAAAUGCAAUAAGGACAACCCGACAAACCUUAACAAGGUAUUCCGACGAAGCUGCAGCUUACAAAAGAGUAGCAGAAGAACAGUUCAACAAGAGCAAGGAAAAUGUUGAAUGGAUUAUUGAUUACCUGCAAGAAGAAAAUAAUACAAUGCCAAAGGCUGGCGCCAUUGGAAUUGGUGCUCUUACAGGAUUAAUAUUUGGACUUCGAGGUGGCUUUUUCAAAAAGACACUGUUUGCUACUACAGGAGCUCUUGGAAUGGGAGCCGUAUGCUAUCCAAAAGAAGCUUCAGAGUAUGCACAAGUUGGUGCUGUAGAAGGAAAGAAGUAUCUUACAAUUGCUUAUAAUUUUCUUUAUGGAGAUCGGGAAGAGAAACCAAUAGAACAGGUGCCAAAAUCCAAGUGAAUAUAUCGAACAUGGAUGCCUUGUUCAAAUAAAUUAUAGAAUUGUACAUAAAUAAAACCUCAAGUUGA